GGAGCAGAAAUAUUUUGCAUAGCCUUGCUGCUUGAACCUAUCAAAAAAUUCAGAUGUUAAAAUGACAUUAUGUCUUUGAAUAGAACCAAUUUGGCUGGAAUGCACAAUGUGAGUCAUGACAGACCUAGACGAUUAGCCGCAACUUUUCAGUUCCGUCCUCGCUUGCUCGUUCUCGAUCUCAACCAGCUUCCAUGGCAUUCUCUUUCCUCAACCGCCGCCGUCUUCGCCUCUUCUUCCUCCUUCCCAGACCUCCUCCGCCAAUUUCUCUUUCGGUCCAGCGCUUUCUAUCAGAUAAAGCGGUCGCCACACCUCUUCCCAACCCCCACUUGGAUCCAAAAAUGUCGCUAUCCGCCCGCCUCUCUUUCGUCUUCGAUCAGAUUGAUGCCCUCGAGCGCCAGCGCAACACUUCCGCCAAGGAUGAGGCUCUUCAACGCAUUCGCGCCUGGAGCCAGUCGAAGCACCCACCUCCGCCGCCCUCUUCCUCCACAUCCACCGCAGCUGCAGAUACAGUUGCCGAUGCAGGAAGUAAAAGUGGCGAUGCCCAGAUGAUAGAGGACUCCAAUCGGGCUGAAGUCGGAAUGGCGGAGUUCUUCCGGCGGGAAGUGGAGGUUGUACAUCCCUGGCCGGAGUGGAUUGAGCUGAUGGAGAGGCUCGCCAACCAGAAUUAUUUCGAUUACCGGCGAGUAGAGGAGGACUGCAUCGCUGCCAAAGCUGGGAUUGAUAUAUCCGGAGUGAAGGAGGAGGUGGGGUUGGACCUUACUAGGGAUUGGGCAGCUGUGAGAACCGCUUGUAUGAAUUUUGGCCGAGACCGGUUUGAUAUUCUUAAGUCUUUACCAAGGAAGGAUAUUCAGGUUUUGGUAGGUCAUGGAUGCCCCAGCAUGGACUCAAAAGUUGUCUUCUCGGCUAAGCUGUUGAGAAAGUACCUUCAUAUUGAUGAAGGAGAUGUAUGCAGCUCAUGCAGCCUCAGGAAUUCAUGUAGCAGAGGAUAUAUACUUGUGCCUAAAGAGGAUGAAGCACGAACACUUGAUGUCAUGCGUAUCCUUUUGACAUAUGGUUUUGAUCAUGUCAAAGAAUCUGUUGAAAAUGAUCCUUUAAGGAAGAUGAAGUCUGUCAAAAUUGUAGUCCGCAAGUUGCUGCAUGAAGUUGUUAAACUGAGUGCGGUUCCAAGAGAUCCAAAUCUUUUACCUCCAGUGAUCAAGAAACCGCCUCCUAAAUUAAAGCAACCACCACCUCCACCCAAGAGGCGGGUAGGACGAGAUGAUGUUGAAAUGAAGAAGGGAGAUUGGCUCUGCUCAAAGUGUGACUUCAUGAAUUUCGCCAAGAACACUGUUUGCUUGCAAUGUGAUGCUAAACGCCCCAAGCGACAACUUCUUCCUGGGGAAUGGGAAUGCCCCAAGUGUAACUUCCUGAAUUAUAGGCGGAACAUGUCAUGCUUCCAAUGUGAGCAUAAUCGUCCCCCUGAUGAGUUCACAGAGAAUCAAAUGUUGGGAAAGCGUAUGGGUCCAAACACAAGAUUGGAAAGGGCUGUCAGGACUUCAGAUGUUUCAAAUGCUUGGAAUUUUGAUUUUGAGGACAAUGAAUCAGAUGGUGCAGAUGUUGCAGCUUUUGAGUUUGCUGAUUCUGCAAGAGCUCAUGAUGGUUCUUCAUUCAAUGAACAUCCUCGUGGAGGAAACACUAGGCAAUUUGAAGAUGAUAUUGCAGAACACAUAGAUAAAGGCCUAUACUUUUCUAAACCUAGCAAAAGAGGUUCUUCAUCACAUUCACGUGUAACAGGUUUUAAUGAUUUUGAUGAUGAAGAAGAGGAGGAUAAUGUGGACAAUUAUGAGCUUGAUGCGGCAGAUGGUGAGGAGACACAUGUAAUAUCACGGAAGAGCUUAUCUGAGUUUGAGAGUUGCUCAGAAUCAGACGAUUUGGAUGAUAAUGACCGGUAUUCCAACUCAAAUCAGCAUAGGAAAGAUUAUAUAUCAGAUUUUGAGGAUGAUAAUACUGUAGUUUCUGCACGGAACUUUGAUGCUAGCUCAAAUUCUUUAUUUUCUGAUGAUGAUAUGGAUUCUGAUCAUGAUAUGCAUGGAAAUUAUGAUUUGAAGCAGAGAAGGGAAGUAAAAAAAAAUGCAAACCAGAAUAAUUUUGCUAGAGUAAGGGAUUCAGACUAUAAUGAUGGGCUUCAUGUUUCUGAUUUUGAUGAUGACGAUGAUGAUCCAUAUUCCAGCAGGAGUAAGAAAAAAGGAAUAAAAGGUGCAUCAGGAAGGAGAGCACGCAAUGUCCAGGAUUCAUACCAUUUUGACUCUAAAAAUGGAACAAAUUCUUUGUGUAAUGAUGAUGAUGAUGAAGAUAAUGAUUUAUAUUCCCACCGGAGUAGGAACAAAGGAAGCAGAGGUGCAUCAAAAUCUUCAGGCCACAGGUUCCAAGUUUCCAAUCGUGUUGACUCCAAAAAUAUUGGAAGAAACUCAUUUGGCUCCCAUGAUUACAAUAAGUUUGAUGACAGAGGAGGUUCUGAUCUCAGGAGAAGAGUUAGAAUUAAUCAAUCAAGUUAUGGAGCAAGAGGAUCUAAGAAAAGCUGGACGGGCUCUAAAGGAAAUGACUAUGGUAGUCACAACAAUGAUCAGGGUUACAGGAAUUCUGUUCGCAGGGCUGAUCAUUCAAAGCUUGACCAUCGACAAUAUGGAAAGAAUACCCCUAAUCAUGGUCGAAUUAGGGGCUUCAAUGAUGAUUAUGAUUUCAAUGAUAAUCGUCAAAGAAAACGCAUCAUUGAAAGAUAAUUUGAGUAUCAUUUUACGAAGAUAAUAUUCCUUGCUGAAAGUGUUUUGAGUCCUUUCAAGUUCUUGCGAAGCUGAGAAAAUACCUUGCAUGAGCUAUCAAUGUGAGCUAAACCAGUUGUCACCAUGGAAUCCUAGUUGUGGUCCUGAUCAGUAGUUGGAAAUUUCAAAUGUUAUCGGCCAUUUCUUAUGCCAAUAACCCUAAAGAGCAAAAUGCACGCACCAUUGUCUGUUCUUGACGAGUCUUUCUUAAUAGGAUAAUAUUGAUGACCAUGGAUAUCCGUUUCUAGCUGGUAUUCUGCUGCAUAUUUCAAGAGUUGUAUAUGAAUUUCAAAAAUGAAAAGCAAUCUACUGUCAAGGUAUUUUCUAAUUUUCUCUUCCUUAUGUUGAUUUAAUUAGAUAAUAACUUACGUUUUCUUAGAUCUUUUAUCUUGUGCAAA